AGUCCUCAUCCAUCUACUCCCAACUCUUUUCUUUCUAUCUAUCAUACCAAUGAAGAAACUUUUUGGGCGCGACAAAGCGAAGCAGCAGAAGGUAACCUCGCACAGAGAUGUUGAUGUGGUCAUCGACGAUGAUGCACCACUUGUCCGCCCCAAACAGCCCUCGGAGGACCACCGUGACUGGGAGGUGCUAUCUGAGCCCCCUGUCCCUUCUAGCCCGUACCCUCAGUUUGCUGUGCCUCCGAUGUCACCGAGCCGCUCGUCUUCCUUAGCUUCAAUUUCACCUGUAGUCUUACCCGCGCGUUCUAGCAGCCCAUACAGCGUUACCAGUCACACUACCACCACGCCCACGCCCACACUCGCACCCACACCCACUCCCCAGACUAACCCAAACCCAGCCCAUAUCGUACGGAGAGAUGGACGUAAGAUCCAGAAGGCACAGCCUGCGCCUGCCGCACUUGGUAUACUGAAGUCUCUUGAUCCACAUUUGGAGCACGCCCUGCAACAGACUCACCCGCACCAUGUCCACGAAUUACCAGACGAUUCUUUUCCAAUGGAUCACAGGGACAGGGCAGAGAAGAAGGAGAGGAAGAGUUUCUGGGACGGGAUCAUCAGGGACAGGGACAGGGACAAAGACAAGGAGCGCGGGCGUGACAAAGAGCGCGAAACUCGUGAGAAGGAAAAGGAAAGAGAAAAGGACAAAGAGGGUCGAGACCGCCUUUGGCGCGAGGAAGAUAAUCCCUCAGAGCUUACGCGCAUGAUCGGGUACCUUACGGCGACAUCAUCGGAGGACUGGGCGCUCGUACUUGAAGUUUCCGACCGCGCGUCGGCUACUGAAGCGAAUGCCAAGGAGGCUAUGAAAGCCCUUAGGCGGGAAUUCAAAUAUGCAGAGCCUAAAUCUCAAUUGUCGGCUGCUAGGUUAUGGGCAAUAAUGCUCCGCAACGCGUCCGAUAUCUUUCUCACUCAGAUCAGCUCCCGUAAAUUCAUUGACACCCUCGAGGACGUGCUAACAAGCUCAAGAACGAGUCCUGUCGUCAGAGAACGACUAAUGGAAGUGCUCGCAGCUGCCGCGUUCAUCACUGGUUCACGUCCUCAUCCAUCGCCUUUUUCGCUCAAAGAUCGCGACCGUGAUAGGGACGGUUUCCGUGCCCUAUGGAUACGAUUAAAACCUGCUGAUAAGCCUGAUGUGGGGAUUCCCUUUGACACCGAGGAUGCUAUGUUUAGCCCCCCUAUAGUUCCUACGCGUCCGCCAAUAGAGGAGCGACCGUCAAGGAAGAGUCUCCACCAGCGUGGUGUCAUUCCUCCUGAAGAGGACAUGAAACGCUUAUUCCAGGAAUGCAAGAUCGCGAAAGGAAAUGCGACCGUCCUUAGCGAAAUGCUUGCAUACGCGAAACCGGAGCAGAUGGAAGGGAGCCUAAUACCGGAAUUUUUGACAAAAUGCCGCGGGUCGCAAGAACUGAUAUAUACCCAAAUUCCAUGGGCGUCUGCAGGCGCCGAACGGUCGCGCAGUGAGCGAGAAAAGAAUGCAGAAGGAAAUGGACGCACGAAAUCGCAGCCUGAUGUCCAAUUCAGUUCUCCUCCGAGCCGAGAUUACCAUGGCAUGGAGGGUAAAUUCUAUAAUGCAGAUGGAGAAGAACAGACUUUGGAGGAACAGCUUCUUGCGGCGUUGCUUGACGCGAAUGAGGCGCUGUUUGGGGCGUUGAGAAUAUAUGAUGAUGUUAUGCGGGUCGCGGAGGAACGGGUGGCUGUUGAGAUUAGUAGGAGGGAUGUGAAGAUGGACCGAAGACAUAUGGAAAAUGAAUACCUCGGAGAAUCCCAACAUGACUAUGGAGGCGGCUCUUCACGCACGCCAUCUCCGAUUCCAUCACCACCUGCUUCGCCCCGCCAACACGAUCUCCCUCCCGUUAUUCCCUCACAAACCCAUCCUCUUCCUCGGGUCCCUCCCGCACUCUCCCCUGCCCAUUCACAUUAUGGUUCGCCACCACAGUCCAUGAGUACACCAACACUGCUCGCACCACCGCCUCCACCUAUGGGUCCUCGUUCGCCUGCAUUCCCGUCGCGUCCGCCCUCACCAGACAGGGGUGGUCUCGUGCGUCCAUCAAGGGGGAACUCGCUGGAAAGUAUGGGUGGUGCUUUGGACCGGUUACAUAUGGACGAAAACGAUGCCGAUGAAGAAGAAGUUAAGUCCCCAAUACGACCGAGCGCGAAGGCGCUCGGGAAGAGGAGAGUCGUGGAAGAAGUCGACGAUGAACAACACGACUCGAGUGACUUGUACUAUGAACCGAGACGCGAAUCGGUUGCACUGGACUCGGACGAGGAGACACGCGGUGGGUACCAUACUAAUGCGUCGUGGGCUCGAAGACAGCCUACGCAGUACGUAUAUGAUGCGGCUGCUGAGCGCACGGCGCAGCAUCUGCGGGAAGGUAGAGUGAAUGUAGCUGCGAAUGGGGUUCAUUAGCGUUUUUGAUACUUGGUCCUUUUAAUCUGUCUCGAGCUUCAUUUGAAGUGUGGUUAGAGGAGAUGUCCAUUUUAUUCCGUUCUUCAUCACAUCAUGUUCAACCAAUUUGUACGUUAGUUCUGCAGUCAAUCAUCCAACCCCCUUGCUAUUUAUGUUUUUGGAACUGUCUUCUUUGACCUGGACGUUACUCUACUACAAUUGUAACUUGUACCAACCUGCUAUACAGCCUUGAUUGGAGUCUUUCACUAUCCUUGUGUGAUCGUAGAAAAUCUCAUUGCCUGACACAAACAACCACAGGCACAACUUGAAACUCUAGCGUAUGGCGUCCACAUCAGCG